AUGUCGUUCCAAGGCACGUCGUCCGGGUCGUCGCACUCAUCCAAGUCGAAACUCAACCAGGUGGUGCAAAACUUUUUCUCCAAGGCCACCCAGGUGGUGGUGCAGGCGCGUCUCAACCCCCGGCUGCGUGAACAGCGCCAGAGCGGCGACAAACACAAACUCAACAAAUGGUUCAAUCUCGAAACAGACGAGCUGGAGGCCUACCGUGAAGAUCUCAAGCUGUGGCGAACCAUCGACAUCUACAACAUGGACAAGAUGCCUCCCGUGGUCGUGGAGACCUAUCUGGACAUGCGCCAUCUUUCGCCCAACCAGACGCUGGUGCUAGAAGACGCCUUUGGCAAACGGUGGAACGCCAGCUUUGGAGGAAGGAAAACAGAGGUGGUGCUGGAGCGGUGGGUCAUUGAGAUUCAGAGACCCGACCCCCAAGCAGGAGGAGCUACAACGUCCCCAGCGUCGUCCACAGAGCUCCCCAUGGCCUACAAAAAGUGCAUCUUGCUGUUCCGCUCUCUGUACACUUAUUGUAGGCUGCUGCCAGCGUGGACGCUGCAAAAGCGGCUUAGCAAAAGCAAACUGAGCACCAGUCCGCUGCGCAUCGGCUGCAGGGUGCUUAACGGCUCACAGCCCAUCUCUUCGCGUGGGCGGGUUGGCUUGAGCAAACUCAUAGCUGGGAGCUCCGAAUCCCAGCAUCUCCAGACCUUUUCGUUCGACCCCGUGGAAAUCCCCUCGGGCGUCUUCAAGAUCAGCGUGAGCUACCGGGUCAACUGCAACUUUGCCGUGGACGACUCGGAGGCCAUGCUGUCAUCACAGUUCCUGCGCAUCGACGAGGAGAAGCCCGUGGUGCCCCCCAGCCCGCCGGUCAAACACCCCUCCAUGGCGGCCCCCAACUUGCAUUACAUCACGGGCCUGCCACGGAGACAUUCGCAUUCUCAGGGCGUGGGAGUGAGUGGGGCGGCCAUUGUUCCCACCUCUGUGUCAUCUGUCACAGACUACAUGGAGAGGAGAAGGAGCAGUGGCGCUAGUGGAGUUGGAGCAACUGGAGGGGGUCUUGCUGGCACCUCUGGAGGCUCUGGCGGAGUGAGUGGAGGAGUUAGCGGCGGAUCUGGAGGCUCAGGGGGCUCUGGUGGCUGGGGAGGUGAAGAGGGCUCGCCUGGUCCCGCAGCGACCUCGGCUAGCCCCUCCACACCUCCCUUUGCGCGUGUCCCCUCAUCCUCCUCCCUUGCGGCGCUCCGAAUCCCCCGCAGAACUAUCUCAAACUCGUCCACGUCCUCCACCAAUAACGCACGGGUGGUCACCACGCCUGGGUACACGCCUUCGGCGUACGAACAGGCGAUUUCGUCGUCCGGAGGGUCGUCACGUUCCGGGUCCGUGCCCAAGUACUCGUCAUCGUUCGGUACAAGACAGUGGAACCGUUCAGGCUCGAUCAGCAGCACGCGGCGUCGAAACUCAAUGCUGGUGGGCUCGGCUGAGUCGGCCAUGUCUUCGGGCUCCUCUCUUAUGGAACCUGGAUCGGGUUUUAUCGACAUUGAGGAUCCCACCGACGUGUCCGACUUUGUCAAGAUGGUGGACUCGAUCAAACCCGGGUCCCCGUACUCGCUGCCGUCUCCCCGCAAGGGCAGCGAUCCUUUGGCGCGGUUCCAGCAGCUCAAGGGAUCGCACGCGGGUAUUGCCGACAGCAUCACGUCAUCAAUCUACCACCACCAGCCCAGUCCUCCGUACGUGCGGUCCAAACUGAGCGGCGAGGCGAACCUGGAGGCGAUUUCAAGCCUUCCCCGGCCCGUGACGGUGCCUCCAUCGCCUCGCAAGCUAGAGACGCAGAUGCAGCCCAUUUCGCUGGCGGACCAGCAUACCAGCGAGUACCAUCAGCUGCAGCAGCGGACCAGUGCCCGUCCCCAGGCUCAUUCGUACUCUGAGCGUGACCAGCUUGAUAACUCUCAUUACAAGGCGUUGGAGCGAUAUGAUCUUGUAGGAGCUUCUCCAAGCGUGGUGGGCUCUAGAUAUUAUACCGAGCACGACCGGGGACGAGGCGAGAAGCGAUACUCGGUGGCUCCAUUGCCGGGUCUAGAGUUUGACGAGGACGAUGAUUUGUUGUUUGCCAUGAGUGAUAUGGCUAUGGGGGAUUCGGCUUCUGGAGGAAAUGUGAGGACAUAG